UCCUUUUGAUAUGCAUUGAACUUGUGGUUCUUGUGUGUCUAGAUACAACUUGGGUGAUUGUUCGGUUCCAGUAAAAGAUGUCAAGAAUUGUCCAAUGAAACUAUAAAUACAUGCUUUGUAGUUUGAGCUCUGUACAUCCAAAAGAGAGGAGAGAUGUCAGACCCACGAUCAGAACCCCCCACCGCCAAGCCCAGAGUGGUGUGCUGCAUAGGCGACAUCCACGGCUACAUCAACAAGCUCCAAAGCCUCUGGUCCAACCUCGAGUCCCUCAUCGACCCACAGGACUUCAAGACCGCGCUCAUCAUCUUCCUCGGAGACUACUGCGACCGCGGGCCGCACACCCGCCAGGUAAUCGACUUCCUCCUUAGCCUGCCUUCCACGUACCCGGACCAGACCCACGUGUUCCUCUCCGGCAAUCACGACCUCGCUUUCGCCGCGUUCGUCAGAGUCCUGCCUCGGCCUCUGGAUGAGGGGUUCGAGUUCUCGGAGGCGUGGAAGGAGUACGAGGGGAACAAGGAGCGAGAAGGGUGGUUCGAGGGAAAUGGGUACGAGGAUAUGCACUUGCAAGGGAGGAGGUGGGGUGGGACUAUCAAGGUUAGGUUCAAUGAGGCUAAGGGGACGGAGUACAAGGGCUCGAUCUACGACGCUGGGCCUACUUUUGAGUCCUACGGUGUUCCUCAUGGGUCUGCUGAUUUGGUUAAGGCAGUUCCUGAUGAGCACAAGAAGUUUCUUGCUGAUUUGGUUUGGGUGCACGAAGAGGACGAUGUCUGUAUGGAAACUGAGAAUGGACUCAUUCGUUGUAAGUUGAUUGCUGUGCAUGCUGGUUUAGAGAGAAACAAAAAUGUCGAAGAGCAGCUGAAUUUUUUGAGAGCCCGGGACACCCGAGUUCCCAAGGUAGAGGCUCUUAGCGGGAGGAAAAAUGUACGGGAUAUCCCAAAGGAACUAAUUGAGAAUCCCACCAUUGUGGUAAGUGGUCACCAUGCGAAGCUUCACGUCGAGGGCCUCAGGCUGAUUAUUGAUGAAGGCGGCGGACUAGAGGAAAAACCAGUGGCAGCAAUCGUGCUUCCGUCAAUGAAGAUCGUCCGUGAUACCGAUGUUUUGGCAAAAUAGUUUUCAAGCUUUUGGUAAAAAAUAGUCAUAAUGACGUGUCUAUAUUGUCCGUGAUACCGACGUUUUGGCAAAAGAUUUUUCCAACUUUUGGUAAAUGGUCAUAGAAGUGUCUGUUCUUUCGUUCUAAAUUUUGUGAAGCAUAUGAUCAAAGGAUGAAGGUCAGUACUCCUCAUUUGUUGAUGGAAGAUGAUAAUACUAGACUUGUCUAGUGCUAUUUUUCUGCGAUGCUUGUAUCAUGUAAUUGGUGGACUAUGUUGAAUGCUGUAUAAACAGCCAUUGGAGAUAUGGAUGAUGCAUGAACUUUCUGGCCAAGGACAAGUAAAAGGAACAAUAAACUUUUCUCCGUA